UUUUAAACUAGUUGAGGAGUAAUAAGAUCCCGCAAAGUUAAAAUGUGUAAUAGAAAUUCGUCCCUUUAUUUUCUUUUAACUGCAUAGUGUCUUUUUUAAUUUAACCUUCUUAUUUGUAUUUCAUAGUGUUUUUUAUUUUAUUUAACCUUCUUAUUUUUAUUUUCUGCAAUUAAAUUAUACAAAAAAAUCAAAUUGUAUUCUUUGAACGUAAAUAAGGGCGUAGAGGGGAUUACAGUCCCAAACCCUAACCAGCCGACUUUUCCCUCCAGGUUGAAAAUGAUGAUGCUUGCAUGCUGUGGCAUUGGUGUUAUAUUGAUGUAAGCGAUAUUUAUAGCCUGGGGUUGUCAAAAUUUGGUCUUUAUUGAAAUUUCAAGCCCUUUUGUUAUCGAAUUCAGGCAGCCAUGGAUGGAAAUGGCGGUAUGAAUAUACGAAAUUGGGGCUUUUUUGAGCCAACGACAACAGUCCUGAAGGGACAUUUGGGCCUGCAACUCAUGUCCUCAGUGGAUGAAAAGCCCCAUUUUGGCAACAUUUGCGAGAAUCACCAACUCCACCACCACCAACAACAAACCCAUCAACCUGACCAUCCUACAGUUAUGGCGUUGACUAAUGGUGGUGCGUUUCAUCAUCAUCGGGUUUGUGGGCUCUCGGAGUACCCCAUGCCAAUGGAUUACAUGAGGGAGAUGUGGGUUAAUCAUAAAGACUAUAGAGAGAAGUAUUUCAAUCUGUUAUCUGCAAACCACCACUAUCUUACAGGUUAUGGUUAUUUGCCUGAGACAUCUUCCACUCAGUCUAUGCAGAUGCACCAGCAGCCAAACUUGGUGAAAGUUGAAGCUGCUCCUCUGGUGGAGGAAGAGGUUUGCCAAGAAAUGGAUAUAGGCGGGCUUGCUAAGAAGAGGGGACCUGGUAAGUCCGAAUUGCUGAAGCCCCCUAAAACUAAGAAGGCCAAGAAAGCUACUAGGACUCCUAAAGGCGAGUCUACCCCUUCUGUUCCACGGGCAAGAGCUCCCAGGAAAAGUGCAGAAGUUGUCAUUAACGGGAUUAAUAUGGACAUUUCGGGAAUUCCUAUACCAAUCUGCUCAUGCACUGGGGCUGCUCAGCAGUGUUAUAGGUGGGGCUGUGGUGGGUGGCAGUCAGCUUGCUGUACCACCAAUUUGUCUUCGUAUCCCUUGCCUAUGAAUGUAAAACGGCGUGGUUCAAGGAUAGCAGGUCGGAAGAUGAGUUUGGGAGCGUUUAAGAAGGUUCUAGAGAAACUGGCCUCAGAAGGAUAUAACUUUUCUAAUCCAAUUGAUCUGAAGCCACACUGGGCAAAGCAUGGUACAAACAAGUUUGUCACUAUCAGAUAGAUGUAUGGUGGAAUAUGCUAGCAGUUCUCCUUAACAUAGGCACGAUGCGUUUCUGGUGUACAUAGUUGACUAUAGCUUGGACUGAGGCUUGUCAGGUAGUUUCUAACCAGUGAAAUUCAAGUGCUGCAACCCUCCUUCAGAUUUUGUCCUGUGGGCACUUGGCUAAGAUUUUCCUUUCAGUUCACCUUUGUUGUCAACGCAGAUAGCACACUGACGGUAGUGGCAGAUUUUGAAAGUUGCAGAGGAGGUACAUUUGUUAUGCAAUUGCGGGUUCUUAAUUCACUUAGUUCUGAUGAUCUUUGAAUGGAAAAUUUUGCAUUCUUUUAUUUGUUAUUACCCAGAUGUUGUCUUUCUAGCUGUUGCUUCAUGUUAGAUCUUUUUUAUCUUCCUAUGAGGGAAUCCUUAUAUUUGAUCAACUAAAUGCCUAUGUCCUGCACUACUCUGGCUGAAUGUUAUUAAACCUGGGUUUGGUCGCUGUCCUUUUCAAAUGGGAAAUUCCUUUUGACCUGA